AUGUCUACCGACUCAACACCUAUCGAGGCACACUCGGCCCAACACACGGAUGACGAUCAUAAAAAGUGUUGGAUUUGUCUUGGGGAUGAAAACGAAAGACCACCGCUUAGCGUCCGCGAAGAAGAUAGGACCUUUGUCCAGCCGUGUCACUGUUCGCUCCAGGCCCAUCGAAGAUGCUUGCUAGACUGGAUUAACUCUACAGACAUCACUUCCUCAUUUGAUAACCAUGUCAGGCUCCCGAACAAUGCUGGCUGGGGAAACCGCGAAUUUUUGUUGAACAUCACCACCAGCGAAACCAUCAACCGCAUCAUCUCGGGUUUGGGAGGGGACAUCACGAUCCAGAGACGAGCCGUGAGCCCUGGGCCGUUUUUGUCUCCUAGCCACCGACGCUCGUCUCAGUGGAAGUAUGUUAUCGAAAGUCAUUGCCCACAGUGCAAGGAACCCAUUUUCCUUGCCACCAAAGCCAGCUCCUUCCUUCUCGCGCAGGAAGCGCUCGGUCUUCUGGUGAAACAGGCGGUGCGCCUCUCGUUGUUCGGCACUUUUGGGGCCUCCGUGCUUACCGGGUUGGGGCUUUUUGCGUUUGGGUUCCUCACCGCCUCGGGCUACCGAAUUAUGGACAGUUUGGCUCCUCCGAGCGUGCAGCUAAAGCUUUUGGGGGUCAGCGCCUUAGGGGUCCGAACCCUCAGCAAGGCGAUUGAAAAGAACCUUGUGCCGAUGAGGAAGAUUUUUUUAGUUACAACUUUGCCAUUGUACGUUCUUUCCUUGCGAAGCUACGAUUCGGGUGGAAUGGGUUUGACACAGCUUCUCAGAGAGGCGUAUCCCUUCUUUUAUUUUGACAGCGCCAAUGAAAUUUUGAAUGCCUUGGUGAGGGUCAACAGUGGAGACCCGAGAAACAUGCUACUUCAGAUCACUAUCAUCCGGAGACUUUACGACUUGUUGUUUAAAAUGACCUUCAACAGGCUCUACUACAGGUGGGUGAGGUCCGUGAAGCCAUGUUUCUUGGCUGACCGCUUCGAUCCCGAAACCUUGGUGGAGAUGGAACGCGAGAGUGAGCGGGAACAAGAAAUCUAUCAGGAGCAAGAGGCUUUGAGGAUCAAGACUCCUUCGUCUGAGAAAAAAUCCGGGGUUGUGGCCAUGCUCAUGAGCGUAAUACGCGCCUUGAAUGUCUUUAAAGAUGGUCCUGGGGCCGAAAAGCGGAUGAUUAGGCGACACCGCCGUAGAAGGGAGAUCCAAGCGUGCUGGAAGACGGAUUUCAGUGGCACGUUCAGCAUUUUCCUGUCGCAGUACUUGACUUUUUUCACCACCACCAUUGUGUGGCCUGUCGUAGGGCAAUAUCUUGGCACUAAAGUUCUAUCGAAGUUAGCUUAUGCCCGAGAGCUUAGCAACCGCUUCGCCGUCACGCCAGACGACGCCCUUUGGGUACGAAACUUGGUGGGGUGUUGUGUCGUGGUGGUUGCAAAGGAUGUGUAUAAUUUGUAUGUGUCGUGGAAGAAGGUGAAACAGUUGCGGGAUAUUGAAAUUGCCCAGCCAGGUUCACCGUUGUACCUCAACUGCAUUGCCCAAGAGUACACCACGACUGAGUAG